AGAGAACUGCAUAUGAAAUAGAGAACGAGAGAGAUACGGGUCUGAGACUCUAGAAGAGGAACCAAGAUCAGAGGAAACGCAACAAGCAGCCUUGCAGCGACUCUGUCCACCAUGUCUGAAUCCAUCAAAAGAAGGAGCUCCAGCAGACAGAUGCUGCAAAACCUCAUCAGGGUAACGGCCCAGAGGAGCCUGGAGGAUGCUGAAGAGGUGGAGCGGGAGCGAAGGAGGAGGGCCCGGGAGAAGCAAAGAGGAGAGGGGAGCCCCUCCUGGCCAGAACCUCCUGAAGACAAAGACCUCACAGAAAACAACACCACAUUGUUGGCUGAAGAGUUGGAGUCUAGCUGCUGCUCAGUUCUGGAGGAGGAUGAGGGUUUCAGUGACUGGAGCCUGAAGCUGGAACACCGUACUGAGCAGGAGGCUCAGGAGGACUGCAGGAACCGGCAACACAUGUGUUCAGCAUCACAGAGGACCACAGCCCCUACAGAGGAGAGCAAUGAGGAACAGGAAGGAGGGCAGACAGAACAAUGCAGCUGGUCCCAGCCGGCUUCAACAAGGCCUCCAGAGAAGGUAUCUACCAAUAACAAAGAAGCUGAAACAUUGCACAGCCCGAUGGUCUUCCUGCCUUCUGAAGUUAGGCUGCAGCAGCUCGAUGACCAAACACUGGACGGACUGUUUCACUUUGCUGCAGCCACGAUAAACCAAUGUGAGGAACUGAGCAAAGAGGGUGCAGAGGAGCAGGAGGUGCUCCAGGUAAAGAGGGGGUCAGAACAAAGAUGCCAGACCUACAGAGAAGAAGAAGAAAGAAAGAAGAAAGAAGAGCAGACCUUCAAAGAGGAGGAGAAGGGAGACUUCCACCUGAGGAGGGAGGAGAAAGAGGAGCUCAGCCUGCCAGAAGAGAGGUCAGUGAAAGGGGUUUACGAGAGGUGUGAGGAGCCAUUAGCAUGCUACGGCCCCAUGAGCCCAACAUUUAAGAAGCUGCUGAUCCAGUUUUACCCGGAAGAAGUGAGCAGCAGAGUCUCAGCAGACAGUAAAUGUAUGAUUGCAGAGAAAAAAGAGUCUCUAGAGAAAAGCGCCAUAAAGAAGAGUCUGCCCCCUGUUGCUGUUUCCAAGAUUGACAAGAGACUGGCACAGUACACACAUGCUCUUGAGGAUGGAGAUGGGUUAAAAGUUGGUGUGGCUGAACUCAUCAGCCAGUGGGUGAAAGGAGGUGAAGAUGAGAAUAGAAACAGCUCGCCCUCCAAACCCACAGAAAUUAAAUCUGUGAUUUUUAAAACAAGAAAAAUUGUGGGAAAGCCUUGGAGACACAUUGUCAUCUGGAAGAGAUGGAAAGGUACGCAACUGCAUAACCAUACGUGAUUUGUUGAUUCAUGGUGGCACAUUUUUAAAAUAUUUAAAGGUACAGAUGUUGAGCACAUUGAUUUAGGAUCAACCUCACACUGAAUUCGAUAUGGUUGGAUGUG